CAGUAGACAACUUCUGAACGACUACUGAAAAUCUAAACUUCAAAUACAUACACUGAACGCGAACAAUGAUCAGCCAGUUGGUACCAUGCUAGAUCCACAACGAAUCCGAGUUGUCGUAAAAGAAAAAGCAGUACGACCAAGGUUCCUUCAAUCGAUGACGCCAAUUCACCACCACUACGUCACUCGGCAAUCAUAUCUUGCACCAUCCCAAUUGAUUUCCUUAAUAAAUAUCGACCAUCCUCACUAAUUUAUUACCAUUAUUUCCCAACUAUCCUUGCUGUUGAGAACUUAUCACCAGAGUCACUCAAGCUCAAUCUGAAAACCUAUCUCACAUACCCGUAACCAGUUGUGAUGAAGCUACAUUUCGCUUCGGGUCUACUGCUUACCCUUGCGGCCACAGAGGCGGUUGGGGCGCACUCUUGGUUCAGCAAAGCUGUGUACAACAAAUGGCAUGAGACAGAACUAGAGCGAUGGCUCUCCGACCAUGAUAUUCCGUAUCCUUCUCCUGCCGAUCGUAAAGAUCUGGAAAACGCAGUAAAGGUCAACUGGGACACCAAAGUCCAAAAGCCCCUGGGAGAAGCAGCGGCGCAGACUAAUGACCAAUGGCAUUAUGCUAAGGACUGGAUCUUUGACAGCUGGUCUGACUCUCACCUCAAAGCCUUUCUUGAUCGGCACGGCGUCCCUACCCCUCAGCCACGCAAACGCGAUGUUCUUCUGAAGACUGUCCGUGAGAACUAUGAAUCAAUCGCCAAGAGACUUGGCGAGGCUGCUUCUUAUCCCGGGAACUGGGUUUACGAGCAGUGGUCCGAAUCCGACCUCAAGGAAUGGCUGGACGAACGUGGUUGGCCGGUGCCUCAGCCUUCAACUCGCGACAAGCUCAUCGCGUCAGUGCGCCGCAACGCCAGGCUGGCCAGUCUGCAAGCACGGAAUAUCGCUUCCUCUGCUUCGAAGUCCGCAGAGGCCGCCCAAGCUACUCUGAGUGAAGCGUUGUUCAACGCGUGGUCUGACUCCGACUUGAAGAAGUUCCUUGAUAAAAACAAUGUGAAGGUACCGCAAGGCUCUAAGCGCAACGAGCUGGUUGCUCUGGCAAGAAAGCACCGUGCCUCCCUGGUUAGCCAUGCGUCUACUGCCUCUGAGAGUGCCACCUCGACAGCCUCAGAAAUCUAUGGCGCCGCUACCACCAAGGCUGGUAACGAAUUCGCCCGAGCAAGUGAUGACGCUCAACUCAAGGCGGAGGAGGCCUUUGACGCGGCCGUUGCGACUUGGUCCAGCUCUCGUCUCAAGGCAUUUUUGGAUGCACGAGGCAUUCCUGUUCCCCAGAGCAACCAGCGUGAUCAGCUUCUCGCCAAGGUUAGGUUGAAUAAGCAUAAGGCGGCCACUGGAUGGAGCGCUUGGACUUUCGACACCUGGGAUACUGAGCACUUGAAGAAAUACCUGUCUUCUAUGAACGCCAAGGCAGCCCACCGUGCGGAUCUAACCCGGGAUGAGCUUGUGAAGCAGGCACAAGAUACAUACGCUAAAGCUUCCAAGGCUGGAGGAUCGAAUCUGGCAUCUGCUACGUCGUAUAUGGCGCAGGCUACCGACGCUGCCAAGUCCUCGACCUUUGACACUUGGUCUCAUUCCGAGCUGAAGGCAUACCUUGACUCGUAUGGCAUUCCUGUCUACCAGGGCUCCAGCCUGAACGAAUUACGCGCAGCAGUGCGUCGCAACGCCGAGUACUUCCGGUACGGCACCACUACUCCGCAAGGAACAAUCUAUGCCAGAAUUCAGGAGGCGGUCAACUGGCUUCUGGAUCAGUUGAAGAUUGGAGCAGCCAGUGGCCGAGCUCAGGGUCAGCAAGCUGCUGAGAAGGCGCAAGAGAAGGCUUCGGAAGCCGCGGAUGAAAUCCGAUCGGAGCUGUGAAUCAGGGGGAGUUGGAAAUGCUCGUAAUUACAGCCACGAUUUGAUGACUUGUAACAGUAGUUUUUAUUCUUCCUAUUCUUCAAUUUGUUUACCCAUCAUGGGAUGGCAAUUAUAGUAGUAGUUG